AUGUCGUCAGAUAUAGAUCCCUACGAACACCUUCACAUUGCUCUGAACUCUGAUGGCACUCUCACUCGAUUUGUGAAGUUACCAAAAGCAAACACCGUGGCCUCUCCUGACGACCCCGUGGUUUUCAAGGAUCACACCCUCAAUGCUGAAAAGAAAACCCGCGUCCGAAUCCACAUGCCAACAAUCAAAUUGCCUCCCAAUGAUGGCACAAGGAUUCCCAUCAUAAUUUACUACCCCCGUUCGAUUUGGUUCCUUUCCUUCUGGGACUCUGACAAGACCUAUAUACUAACCUCGAAGCUCGCAUGCCAAGUUCCUGCUAUCGUUGUCUCCGUUGAGUACCGCCUUGCUCCAGAAAAUAAGCUCCCAGAGCAAUACCAUGAUGCCAUGGACGCGAUUCUUUGGGUGAAGGAACAGGCACUCAAUCCAAACGGUGAGCAUUGGAUAAAAGAUUACGGAGAUAUUUCAAGGUGUUUUCUGCAUGGAUGUGGUUGUGGUGGGAACAUAGCAUUUUUCACUGCGUUAGAAGCAGCGAGAAUGGAGUUGGAGCCCUUGAAGAUUGUUGGGAAUAUAAUGAACCAACCCAUGUUUGGUGGCAUGGAAAGGACGAGCUCAGAGCUGCAAAAUUGUGCGGACCCUGCCUUCCCCUUGAGUGCACAAGAUUUGGUUUGGGAGUUCACGUUGCCUAAAGGUGAAAAUCGGGACCAUUGGUAUUGUAAUCCGACAGUGGAGGGCCCGCACACGAGCGCCAUCAACAAGCUUUGUAGGUGCCUUGUGAUUGGGUUCUAUGGGGACGCCAUGUUAGAUCGGCAGCAGCAAUUUGUAACCAUGUUAAUGAGGCAUGAGGUCCAGAUCGACGCGAUGUUCCACGAUUCAGGGUUCCAUGCGAUGGAGAUUGUAGACCAGGAAUGGAUGAAUUAUAUUGUGGAAAUUAUUAGACACUUCAUCGUAGAUACUGAAAACAAACCGUGA